AUGGAACAAAGGAUAGCUGCACUUUGCAUAUUUGGAGGAACGUAUGGGAUUGUCAGUGUAGCUUUGGUUUCAUUUCUCUAUGCCAGGGACAAUGCCACAUUACUUUAUUACUGGUGUUGGCUGCUGCUGUGUCCUGUAAUGCUGUGGUUAUGGGUCGUCAGAGCAUGGUCAGCUUUCGAAAUGUUUAGGAACAUCAAGAGAUAA